AUGCCCGAGAAAAGCAUCCAACGCGUCGCCGUGAUCGGGGCCGGCAUCAGCGGGGUGGUUAGCGCGGGUCAUCUGUUGGCUGCGGGACUCAACGUCACGGUCUUUGAACGCAGUCGAGCCGCGGGUGGAGUUUGGCUUUAUGAUAAACGACUCCCGAUCGAAAACCAAUAUCCAUGUACAACGCCAUCGGAGGCCGAUAAUUAUGGCCCGGAUGAUCGUGAGCGGAGGGAAAAACAAUAUCUGAUCCAUGCUCCCCCAGGGCCUUGUUAUGAGAGUCUGACCAACAAUGUUUCGACUCCAUUACUACGCACGAAACUCAAUGCUUGGCCCAAUGGCACGCCUCCAUAUGUCCUUCAUCACGUCCUCAAAGACUACAUCCAGGAUACCUCCAAGAAAGCAGGGGUAGAGGCGGUCACCAUCUACGGUGCACUUGUGACCAAAGUUUCGAAACAGGAGCCCGACUGGGAAGUCGCCUGGAGCUUGCUGCAUAAUGACCCUACGACGGGCGAGGUGGUGAAGCAGCAGAGGUCAGCGCGGUUUGAUGCAAUCGUGGUGGCAUCCGGCCAUUACCACACGCCGCUCAUCCCUGAUAUCCCCGGUCUAGCGGAGGCGAAGGCACAGUGGCCCUCCAGAAUAACACAUUCGAAAUCCUUUCGAAACGCGCGAGGGUUUGAAGGAAAGAAUGUACUCUUGAUUGGGGGUGGAGUAUCCUCGGUUGACAUCGCCCGGGAACUCAAUCCCGUCGCCCAAAACAUCUACCAGAGUACUCGGCGCGGCCCAUUUGAUAUCCCUGCCAGCGCCCUGCCAGCCAAGGCCACAAGAACCGAGCAAGUUGUUUCGUUUCAAAAGGCUGCUGAGCAGGAUUCAGGACUACACUUGCCCCUGACAGCGCAUCUCCAGUCGGGCGAGACCUUGACCGGCAUCGAUCACAUUGUCCUCUGCACGGGAUACCAGAUGGUUCUCCCAUUCCUUCCGCAAUACACCCGGACGGAUACAUUCAAUUGUGAGAUAGAUGAGACGACGAUUGUGACAGAUGGGACGCAAUUCCAUCAUCUGUAUCGGGACAUGUUUUACAUUCCCGACCCGACCCUAGCCUUUGUCGGGGUGUCGUUCCAUGUGUCGACCUUUACGCUGUUUGAGUUCCAGGCCAUUGCCGUGGCUGCCUUCUUUUCGGGAGCAGCUCAGCUUCCAUCUACUGAGAGCAUGCGGUCCGAGUAUCAAGAGCAGCUCGCUCUCAAGGGUCCCGGGCGAAGCUUUCAUUCCCUCAAAGGCCACGAGGAAGCUUAUGUCCACCAGAUCAUCGAGUGGGUCAAUGCUGGACGAGCCGCCCAGGGCCUACCGGCAAUCGAAGGACAUACGGCUUCUUGGCUGGAAGAAAAGAAGGUUCACGCCGAACGGCUCGCUUUGAUUUUCCAGGGGCUCAUUCCGUACGGGAACACUCCCGAGCCCGUUCCCGUGGAGAUCGCCGCGGCUGCAUAG